GCACUUCCAAAGCCUAAUCACGACACCAAACACAAAUGAUACCCCUACAAUUCUAACUUGAACACCUCCAUCUCAUCCACUCCCGCAGCUCCAAUACACCCCUCACACCAUGGCACCCCGCCGCGCUGGACAGUCUUUCCGCCGCGUAGGCAAGCAAGGCCAAUCUUCCUACUCCUCGUCUUCCCGCAAACCCAAGACAAUCGACGCCUCCUCUCUCCGCAACACGGAAGCCAGCUCCCUAGCUGAGAAGAUCGAGUCGACGCGGCUCGCGAAUGCUAUCGAUGAGUCUAUGGACUUUGCGCGGUACGAUGCCGGACGUAAGAAGGUCGGCUGGCUGUGUAACAUGCACUCUACCAGUGUGGAGGACGAGAAUGUACCUGGAGGGCGCGCCGGCGUGGACUUCUACUUCAUCGAGGAGGACGGAGGCACAUUUAAGGCGACGGUGGAGUAUGAUCCGUACUUCUUGGUCGCGGUGAAGAGGGGGAAAGAGCCAGAGGUGGAGGAGUGGUGUCGGAGAGCUUUUGAGGGCUUAGUGAAGGGUGUGAAGCGGGUCGAGAAGGAGGAUUUGCAGAUGCCAAAUCAUCUUUUGGGCUACCGGAGAACAUUCCUGAAGCUUUCGUUUGCGAAUGUGGGAGAUCUCUUGGGGGUGCGGAAGGUCAUUACACCCCUGGCGGAGAAGAAUAAGAAGAAGAUGAACGCGAUGGAUACAUAUGCGGAAGUUGCUAGUGCAAAUGCUGGCUUUGAUAUUUUUGACGACGACCAAGAUUACGAGAAACGACCUAAUGGCAUACAAGAUGCGAGCGAUUUCAUUGUUGAUAUACGAGAGUACGACGUACCAUACCACGUUCGGGUUGCGAUUGAUAAAGAUAUCCGCAUUGGAAAAUGGUACACGGUAGAAGCGAAACACGGCGUUGUUUCAUUGACAUGCAUAGAAGAGCGACUGCAACGCGCCGAUCCCGUUGUUAUGGCAUUCGAUAUCGAGUGUACAAAGCUCCCCCUGAAAUUUCCGGAUGCGAUAGUCGACCAGAUCAUGAUGAUUUCAUACAUGAUCGAUGGCCAGGGGUUCCUCAUCACGAACCGCGAGAUUGUCUCCGAGGAUAUCUCAGAUUUCGACUAUACACCCAAGCCGGAGUACGACGGUCCUUUCAUAAUAUUCAACGAGCCGGAUGAAAAAGGCCUCUUAGAACGUUUCUUCGAGCACAUCAAGGAAGCAAAGCCAACGGUCAUUGUAACAUACAACGGAGACUUUUUUGAUUGGCCAUUCGUGGAGGCACGGGCGAGCGUUCUAGGAAUCGACAUGUACCAGGAGAUCGGCUUCCGGAAGAACAGCGAAGACAUCUACCAGUCUAAUUACUGCGCACACAUGGAUGCCUUUGCGUGGGUCAAUCGAGACAGUUACCUCCCACAAGGAAGUCGAGGCUUGAAAGCAGUUACUGUAGCGAAAUUGGGCUACGAUCCAGACGAAUUGGACCCCGAACUCAUGACUCCAUACGCAAGCGAACGGCCUCAGACGUUGGCAGAAUACUCCGUUUCAGAUGCAGUUGCUACGUACUACUUGUACAUGAAAUACGUCCAUCCCUUCAUCUUCUCGCUAUGUACGAUCGUUCCCCUUGGGCCGGACGAUGUGUUGCGAAAGGGGACUGGCACUCUUUGCGAGAUGUUGCUCAUGGUACAGGCGUAUCAGAAGGGCAUCGUACUGCCGAACAAGCACCAAGCACCUAAGGAAGCCUUCUGGGAUGGCCAUCUCCUGGACUCAGAAACGUAUGUGGGAGGUCAUGUCGAGAGUAUCGAAGCAGGUGUCUUUCGAAGUGAUAUCCCUUGCAACUUCGUGCUAGAUCCAACUGCCAUUGAUGAACUCAUCGAAGAUCUAGACGCAGCCCUCAAGUUCAGUAUUGUAGUAGAAGAGAAGAAACAGGUGGAGGACAUCGUAAAUUAUGACGAAGUCAAGGGUCAGAUCAUCGAGAAGCUGUUGAAGCUGAAGAAUACCCCUAACAGGAGCGAAAACCCUUCAAUAUACCAUCUAGACGUCGCCUCCAUGUAUCCGAAUAUCAUGACGACGAAUCGAUUACAGCCGGAUUCCAUGAUUGAAGAGGCUGAUUGUGCUGCCUGCGACUUCAAUCGCCCAGGCAAAACAUGCGAUCGAAGGAUGCCUUGGUCCUGGAGAGGUGAGUUCUUGCCAGCUAAGCGAGACGAGUACAACAUGAUACGGCAUGCCCUAGAAAACGAACGGUUUCCCCCAAAAUAUAAAAGUGGCCCCGUUCGGACUUUCCAGGAUCUGCCAGUAGACGAACAAGCCACGAUAGUCAAGAAACGAUUGACGGAGUACAGCAAGAAGAUCUACCACAAGAUCCAUGACACAAAGACAAUUGAGAAAGAGGCUAUCAUCUGCCAGAGAGAGAAUCCCUUCUACGUUGAUACUGUCAAAGACUUCCGAGAUCGAAGAUAUGACUUCAAGGGCAAGCAGAAAGUCUGGAAAGGUAAGACGGAUGCGCUUAAGUCUGCUGGUGCGCCUAGCGCAGAGAUCGAUGAAGCCAAGAAGAUGAUUAUCCUGUUCGACUCACUUCAGUUGGCCCACAAAGUCAUCUUGAACAGCUUCUACGGCUACGUUAUGAGAAAGGGUUCUCGUUGGUACUCCAUGGAAAUGGCCGGUGUCACUUGCUUGACUGGAGCCAAGAUCAUUCAAAUGGCUAGACAGCUCGUAGACAGAAUUGGACGGCCCCUGGAACUAGACACCGACGGUAUCUGGUGUAUUCUGCCCGCAACAUUUCCGGAAAACUUCUCAUUCAAACUCAAGAACGGCAAGAAGGUGUUUAUCUCAUAUCCUUGUACCCUUGUCGAUCCCGAAACAUUUCGAUACGAGACACAUAGCGACAAUACAAUCUUCUUCGAGGUGGACGGUCCGUAUAAGGCUAUGAUCUUGCCCACCUCCAAGGAAGAAGACAAGAAUUUGAAAAAGCGUUACGCAGUCUUCAACCACGAUGGCAGUCUCGCUGAGUUGAAAGGGUUCGAGGUCAAGCGGAGAGGAGAGUUGAAGCUUAUCAAGAUCUUCCAAACUCAAAUUUUCAAAUUCUUCUUGGAAGGCACAACUCUGACCGAGACUUACGGAGCUGUCGCCAAGGUUGCAAAUCGAUGGCUAGAUGUGCUUGAUCAGCAUGGUUCUACCCUCGCUGAUGAAGAGCUCAUCGACUUGAUUUGCGAAAAUAAGAGCAUGGCCAAGACUCUUGAGGAGUACGGAGCUCAGAAGUCAACUGCUAUCACGACCGCAAAGAGACUUGCAGAGUUUCUUGGCGAGCAAAUGAUCAAGGACAAGGGCUUGAACUGCAAGUACAUUAUCUCGUCUCGGCCGAAAAAUUCACCUGUUACAGAGAGAGCCAUACCUGUGGCGAUAUUCUCUGCUGAGGAUUCAGUCAAGACCUAUUUCCUACGAAAAUGGAUGAAAGAAGACCCCGGGGAUAUGGAUCCCAGAUCGAUCAUUGACUGGAGCUACUACAUGGAACGUCUCGGCUCCGUGGUUCAGAAGCUUAUCACGAUACCUGCAGCUCUUCAGAAAGUUGAAAAUCCCGUUCCGCGCGUUCCUCACCCAGACUGGCUAGCCCGAAGGAUUCGGAUCAAGGACGAUGUCUUGAAACAAAAGAAGAUGACUGAUCUGUUUGACAAGAAGACUCUGGUUGACGUAGACACCAAUAUUCUCCAGAACCGGGUGCUCGAUCUGGAAGACUUUGGCGGUUCGAAGAUGACUCAAGUCUCUCAGGCGGUGGCAGCGAGGAGAGGUGUAGUCACGAAAAUGGUCCAGAAACGAAAGCAACCGGAACCUGCUGUACCUGCCGAUCCUUUUGCGAGCUUACCCAAAUACAUGCCAUCCAUCACCGAGGACUACAACGGAUGGCUGCAGUACCAGAAAAAGAAGUGGAAGAUCCAGAAGCAAGCCCGAAAGCGGAGACGACAGCUCUUUGGCGAGAAACAGACAGAUUCAUCGGAUGCGAUCGGAAGCUUCUUCAGAAACCAGGCAGAGAUGUUGUAUAUCAGCACGUGGCAAUUGAUUCAACUGCGAGACACCGACACGCCUGGAGAGGUUAGAGCUUUCGUCUUGAUCGACAAGAAAAUUCACAUCUUGAGGGUCAUUGUGCCUCGGCAGAUAUAUCUUAAUCUGCGAGGAGACGAUUUACCUGACGUGUCUAUCGAUGGCUGUUCAGUAGAGAAAGUCCUUAAUCACACUCUACCCAAUGGACAUCCAUCGGUACAUUUGUUCAAGCUUCUGAUGCCUGAGCAAGUAUAUGUCAACGAGUCGAAAAAGCUCUCUGUUUUAUUCAAUCACCCAAGUGUUGAAGGUGUCUACGAGAAGCAAGUACCACUAAACGUUCGAGCGGUUCUCGAACUUGGUAGUAUUUGCACCUUCGACGAGACUCAGAAAGGUGUUCUUGGAAAAGGUCUAGAGCAAGGAUUCGACCUGUCCGCUCUCCGACGGGUGCCAUCGCAAAAUCCGUACUUGAGCCAGGCUUCCCUUGGAUAUCUCUACCUCUACCACGUCAGCUCUGGAGAUCGACAGAUUUUUGCCUUGUUCUCAACCUCGAAGAAUACCGCCCAUGUCAUCAUUCAAACCAAGUCCAAAGAUAGUCAGGGUCUGCCGAACGUUGAUCGGAUAUACAAGGACAUGUUUGCACGGCGUUUGGAAGAGUCUGGCGGAGAGCCGUGGCAAGAGUGCUUCGAUUAUCAAACCGACAUACAUUUCCGGACCGUUCAAGUCACUACCAAACGAAAGGCGCAUCUCGAGAUUGGAGAUGCUAUCAAGAAGAUGAAGACAGAGGAAGGGAAACCGUUGGUUCUCGUUAUCCAAUCACAGAAUCACAAUCUUCUGUCUCACGAGGUCCCAAUUCUCAAAGACCUACCGAUCCUACCCCUGAAGCCGGACGAGUCAGACAAACAACUACCUCCUCUCGGCUGGCAGUCGUUCGUUGCAAAACGUCUUGUAACCCAUUACUUAGACUUGGGCUCCUGGAUAUCACAUUUAGUAGAACUUUCUCGAUAUGGAGACAUCCCGCUCUGCAAUCUCGAAAGCAACGACCCACGUUUCCUCAUCGACAUUGCUUAUGCGAGGCGGCUACGGAAAGAGAAGGUCGUUCUGUGGUGGUCUGGUGGUCCCAAACCUGAUCAUGCAGGCUAUGAAAAAGACGAGAUUCUCGCUCCUAUGGAGACUGUUGAAAUGCCUUCUAUCAAUAACCCUGGAACUUACUCCUCUGUCUGCAUUGAUCUCACCCUUCGCAAUCUCGCAAUCAACACCAUUCUUUCUUCCUCCGUUAUCAACGAAGCCGAAGGUUCCGACUCUAUCUCAUUCAACCCUGCCGCACCUGCUUACGAUGCCCCUAAUGACGGCACAAACGUCAUCUACGCCGACAACGCUUUUGCCACAGCCGGCAUCAUGGUCCUUCGCGAAAUGGUGAAGGCCUGGUGGCACGAAGCUGAGCGAGGAGGGUACAUGGCCGACGUAAUGGUCCAGCAUCUUGUGCGAUGGGUGGAGAGCCCUGGGUCUUUUUUAUACGACAGAAGCCUACAUUACUACGUACAGAUGAUGAGCCGAAAAGCACUACAGCAACUGAUGACGGACUUCCGGCGCGUGGGAUCGCAUAUCGUGUUCGCGAGUGCGAAUCGACUGCUUCUGCAAACGACGAAAGCAGAGGUCGGAAAUGCCUUUGCGUAUAGUCAGUACAUCCUCAAGACGGUACAGGCGAAGCCGCUCUUCCAGUUUCUAGACCUCGAGAUCCGGGAGUACUGGGACUACUUGGCGUGGUACGAUGAGUUCAACUACGGAGGUAAAGGCUGUACUAAGGUCGUCGAAGCGGACGAGCAGCAGCUUGAUACCAUCAUGUGCUGGCAGCUCGCAUCCUUUUUGCCUGCGCCGCUACAACCGGCGUUCCACGAUACAGUGGUCGACUUCAUCGAUGUCAUGCACGGCCGCAAACGUCCCGCAGCCAUCGAUGGUGUCGCUCCCAGGGCGACGCAAUUAGCCCUGAGGUCACUAACUGUCGACCCAACCGACAACACCCAAGUCCUCCCCAAAUCCUUCACAAAACCGCUCUUCAAGCAAGUCGGCGCUCUCCUACGCCGUCAACACACCGAGUCCCUCCACGCCGAACUCGUCUCGGACUGGGUCUUCCCCUCCCUCCCAGGCUCGCAUCUCAACCUCUCAAACCCAGUCCUUCAACUCGUGAAAAGCAUAACGCAGGUCCUCAGCCUCGACAACACCAUCACGCUCGAAGCCCGCCUCCUCCGCAAAGAGCUCCUCCAGCUCUUCGAAAUCCGCGAAUUCAGCCGCGAAGCCGCUUUUGUGAAUCCCAGUCGCAGCCUCUGGGUCCGCGGUCUCGUCUGCGAAGAAUGCACGGCUGUCCGCGACCUCGACCUCUGUCGCGCGGCGGAAUUGCUGCCGCCUCCUGCAGCGAAUAGAGAGGCGGAUGCUGCGGCGCCGGUGCUACCGAAGUGGAAGUGUGAGAUGUGCAAUACGCCGUAUGAUCGCUUGCGUAUUGAGGAGCGGCUGGUGGCGGAGGUGCAGAAGAUGGUUGUGGAGUGGUGUACGCAGGAUCUAAAGUGUGGAAAGUGUGGGAGGCUGAGGGCGAAUGAGUUUAUGGAGCAUUGUGCUUGUGCUGGGGAGUGGGUAGGGACGCGGAAGAGGGAGGAUGUUAAGAGUCGCUUGGGGGUUUAUGGGAGUGUGGCGGGCUUUUUUGGGUUGGGGAUGUUGGCGAGUGUGGUUGAGGAGUGUGUGGAUGGGGUGUAGUCAGUAAGUGGAGUGAGGCAGUGGAGAUCAGGCUGUCUAUUGACUGCUGGGCUACUUGCCGUCUGGGGUACUCCUUACAGUGGCAUCAGGCGAGCAAUACUGCAGCUCGUGUAGAGUAAUAUCUGUGUGCUGAAAAUUGUAGCAUAUAUACAUGAUCUCAAGGUCGUGCAGUGGGAGUUAGACUGCCUCUUGCCUUGCUAGCUAAGUGCUGGCUGGGCUACUCCCUACAGUGGUAUCAAGCAAGCAACACUGGAGCUCAUGUAGAGCAAUAUCUGUGUACUGAAAAUUGUAGCAUCUAUACAUGAUGUUAAGGUUAGUACAGUGGAAGUUAGACUGCCUCUUGACCAGCCAGCUAAAUGCUGGUCGGGCUACUCCCUACAGUGGUAUCAAGCAAGCAAUAUUGGAGCCUGUGCAUAGGCAUAUCUAUGUACGGAAAUUAAUAGCAUCU